UACAAACGAUUUAGUAAGUAAAACACCUUCGAACAAUGAAGUUGUAUUGUAAAGUUGUUGCCACAAGUUAAAAUGCCAUACCGCAAUGUCCUUGCACUUGAAAACAGUAAUUGUUGUGGUAUUUCUCAUUUCCCUAUGGCCAUUGUGUUCGACAGAGCCUUCAUUCAGGAUAAUAGCUCCACAAACAAUUUGUAAGCAUGAAAACAAUGGAAGCCUUACGAGUAACCCCCAAGCUGUUGUUGUGGGCCUUCAACCUCGAGAUGGAAUGAAACUCUCAUACAAAGUAAGAAUUUUCUUCAAAUCGACUGCGAGCCGAGUUAGAUCUCAGAGGAACACUUUGCUGGUCUGGAAAGCUAUAAGAAGUCUAGAAAACCGCAUCAAUGUUAAAGAACGCAUGCAAAUUUCAAAACAAAAUAUGUUUUCAAUUAACAAAACCGAAGUUGAGCCGGGGGUGAUUUACAUGUUUCAUAUAGUCGGUAUUACUGAUGCGGGAGAGGUCAGCAAACAGCAACUAUUCACCAUGAAAUACACCGAUGGCGUGUUGGAACGAAAUGAAACUAAAGCUGGAUUGAAUUUCUUGUUGAUUGGCGCUGAAAGUACUGUGGCUAGUAUUCCAUAUACAAUUACAGCCCGAGUAUCUUUUUGUAAACCACGUUAUGAUUACUAUCUUCGUUGGAAAAUGCUUGGUUUGGAUGAGGAAUUUCAAGAUGUCCUUCAUACAACUGGAACAGUUUUGAAAAUUCCACCAAACUCAUUGAUUGCAGGAAAGGAAUAUGAAGUUCAAGCGACAGUCAUACAAUCAGAUAACUCGUUGGAACUAGCACAGGACUUCAUAACAGUUCAAGUGAUGAAAAGAGGAUUCCAAGCCUACAUCAUCCCAACAGCAGUUAAAAUAGGCCUAAACAAGCCGGCCAUAUUUGAAGUGUUUAUUCAAGAAUUUGACAACAACUGUGAAGAACUUGAUAUAAUUUGGGAGUGCACCGCAAACGAUGGAGGAAAAUGUCCACCAACAGAAACCGUCAAUUCAACUAAAUUUGAAUUCGUGUUUAAAACUCAAGGAAGCUAUGAAAUCUCAGCUACUUUAAAGCUAGGAGAACUAACUAGAUCUAUAAGAGCUGAAGUAACAAUCGAUCCAACAGUAUAUCUAAGUUUUGAGUUUUCAAAUAUCCCUAGUUUAGUUCCAUCAGCUGGUCAAGCUUUACAAUUUAGUGUACUCAUGGUGGAUUUAAUACCAAAUUGUAAAGCUGGUUGGUCAACGGCACAAGAAGAAGGCUUUGUAUUUAUACCACCUGAAGAAAUUGGAGAUGGUUUCGCAACUGUCGAAAUUAAAGAUCUGGAAAAAGAAUACUUAUCUGAAAUAGCAGAUUUUGGUAAUUCAACGAGUAACAAGGAAAUCGUGUUAAAUAUACCAACAGCUUCUGGUAAAUGGCAAGGUCUUAAAGGUGAUGCAAAUUAUAAAUUUCGACUCGAUACCGUUUGCCCGGGACCAUACGAUCCGAAUGAUGUUGAAAGUGUUAAAAGAAAAGUUGUUAGUUCUUUUGAGUUUGUAGUUUAUACAAAUUCUCCGCCAAUUGGAGGGGAAUUACAUGUUAAACCAUUAAACGGUUCAGCUCUUCAGACCGUGUUUGAGAUUUCUUCUGAUAGUGCUAAGGACUUACUUCUAGAUGGACCUUUAAGCUAUGAAUUUAUAAUACAAGUCGGUCAAUAUAAUAUAAGUUUGGGCAAGUUUUACGAAUUUAAGUCUUUGGAUACCCAGCUUCCUUACUCAGAUCCAUCCGUCAAAGUUAUGAGUCGUGUUUGUGAUAUUCGAGGAGCUUGCAAUAUUAAUUUGGGACCAAUUGUUAAAGUAGACCCUAUUGAAUAUUCACAAGAAGAAACCGAACUAAUAGAGAACAGAAUUAGAGAAGCUUUUGAAAGAACUGAUUUCAAUGAAGCUCAAAAUCUAAUGCUCAUGGCUGGACUUACUUAUAAGAACUCCCCGAAUACUCUAGAAGUUUUUGAAAAAUUCAAAACAUUUGCUACAAAUCUACUUCGGAAAGAAAUCGACAAACAAUAUGAAAGUCCUACAGAAAAAUACUACAUUUCCAAAGAAGAUGUUGUCAACUUUAUAAGUCAAACCAAGGUUAAUUUAGAAAUACUUGAUAUAAAAGAUCCAGGUCUUUUGGAAAAACUCCUCGAUCUUCUCGAUUUAGCAGCCGAGGAGAACAAUGAUGGUGCAUAUGCAAAUAUUGAGAAUUUUCGACGAAGAAAAAAACGAAAUCUCGACUCGGAAUCAGUAGUAUUGCCUCUAGAAGGAAGAUCAAUAAUUGAUGCUGCAUACGUUCGAAUGAAUUUGAAUUUAAUUGAAAAAAUAAUGCAAUCAUACUCGGGUGGAAAUAUGCAGAAAGAAAAGUCAAAACUUGCACAGAAAAUUCCAGUUUUAGCUUCAAAAAUGUGCAACAGUGAUUUGAUAACAAAAGAAAGUAUUUACUCAUCAAUAGCUGCCAUCGACGUAGAAAAAAUGACCGGAAGUCAUUUGAUAGAAAAAACCUUUACGAUUGCUAAUUAUUUUGCAAAGGAAACGGGUCAUUAUCAAAUAAAAAUUCCAAAAUUGAAAUCUAGAGUCAAGUACUAUUGCGUGGCUUUUAUUCAGUUUCCAGAAGAUUACUUUGAUGGUGACAAACAAUUCAGUUAUCGAAUUCAAAUUAUUGAUUUGGCAACAUCUUUGCCAAUAAAAGAAGUCGAAUCUCCAAGUGAAAGUACAGUGGUUGGAUUUAAAAUGUCCAGAACUGAUAACAAAAAUGAUAUCUGUCUAAUGCGAAAAAUGUUAGAAUGGUCACCAGAAUUCUGUUCAACAAAACAAUUGACUGAUUUUCAAAUUUUGUGCGAAUGUAGGAACUUUGGCUUUGUAAAAACUGGUAAGAGACAAAAUUACAUACAAGAUGAUGUAGUGACAAUUGGUAGUUUAACUACAAAUCCUCUAAUAAGUGCUAUAUCUCCACCAAGUGAUAACAUAAUUAAUAAACCCACGACCAAUGAAAUUAUAUUGCCUUCAAGUCCUUCACCAACUUUACCCACAACAGCAGAUCCGACAACUUUAUCCCAGUCUCCUCCUACAAAGCCUCCUCCUAAACAGCCUACGGCCGCACAACCUCCUCCAGGCAAGCCCCCUUUAAAUACCAAAGACAAAGAUUCAGAAGAACGGAUAGUAACAGCAUCACCAUUAAGUUACAUUAUUCCUCUUAUCGGGCUUUUACUUAUAUUGCUUGUUAUUGGAGCAGUGAUAUUCUAUAGACGAAGGAAACGUAGUAUUCUUGGGAAUAGUGUACCAGGAUUUGAUAUAAUGGUAACAUACCCUCGAGAGCCUAGACCGGGUCUUAAAUAUGCAAAAUUUUAUGAUGAACAUUUGAUGACGGGCAACUUUAAUAACCCUUCAGAAUCAUAAACAUUCCUACAAAAUAAAAUAUUGACAAGAAAUAUAAAAAUUCAUUGU